UGUUCAUACGCAAAAUGGUUUGGCUGAAUCUUUAAUUAAGCGUCUGCAAUUGAUUGCAAGACCAUUGAUCAUGAGAUCAAAACUUCCAACCUCUGUAUGGGGACAUGCUAUUUUGCAUGCUGGAGCACUUAUUCGGAUCAGACCGAGUGCAUACCAUAAGUAUUCCCCACUACAGUUAGCGUUUGGUCGAGAACCAAACAUUUCCCACUUUAGAAUAUUUGGUUGUGCAGUAUAUUUGCCUGUAGCACCACCACAACGUACAAAGAUGGGACCACAAAGAAGAUUGGAAAUAUAUAUUGGUUGUGAUUCCUCAUCAAUUAUACGAUAUCUCGAACCACAAACUGGUGACGUCUUUACGGCACGUUUCGCCGAUUGUCACUUUGAUGAAAAAGUAUUCCCAGUUCUAGGGGGAGAAAACAAAAAUGUAGAAAAUGAUAUCAAAUGGAGUGUACCUUCGUUACUAUAUCUUGAUCCUCCUACUAAAGAGUCUGAACUAGAAGUUCGACGAAUCAUGCAUUUACAGAAUAUAGCUAAUCAGCUACCUGAUGCAUUUGCGGAUACCAAAACGGUAGCUAAAUCUCAUAUACCAGCCGCGAAUGCUCCAGCUUGUAUCAAAAUAACAAAUGAGCAAAGAAAAGCAGACGAUACACGAGAGUCUAAAACACGCUUGAAGCGUGGCAGACCUACUGGUUCUAAGAAUAAAAUCCCAGAAAACAAAAGGAAGUCGAAAUAAAUGACACACCCAAAAUAGCGGAAAAUAUUUUGGAAGAAACAAAUAAUGAGGAUACUGACAAAGUAGGGCAUCAUGAGUCAGAAAAUAAUCAUGAGAUUUCUAUCAACUACAUCCAUAAUAAGAAGAUAUGGAAUAGAAAUGAACAGGAUGAUGUUGAUGAUGCUUUCUCAUAUAUUGUGUCAAGUGAAAUAAAUGAAGAAAUCGAUGAUCCAGAACCAAAAUCUGUUUAUGAAUGUCAAAAGAGACAUGAUUGGAAACAAUGGAAAGAUGCAAUACAAGCUGAACUUGAUUCGCUUAAUAAACGAGAAGUAUUUGGAUCUAUUGUACUCACACCUGCAGAUGUGAGACCAGUCGAGUACAAAUGGGUUUUCGUUCGAAAACGAAAUGAGAAAAAUGAGGUUACGAGAUACAAAGCUCGUCUUGUGGCUCAAGGUUUUUCUCAAAGACCUGGAAUCGAUUAUGAAGAAACAUAUUCUCCAGUUAUGGAUGCAAUCACGUUUAGAUUUCUGAUGAGUCUAGCCGCUGAUAAAAAUCUAGAGAUGCGUCUCAUGGAUGUUGUUACAGCUUAUCUAUAUGGAUCAUUAGAUACUGAUAUCUACAUGAAAGUUCCUGAUGGUUUUAAAAUGCCAUAAGCAUUAAAUUCCAAACCUAAAGAGUUAUGUGCAAUAAAAUUGCAAAGAUCAUUAUAUGGGCUAAAGCAAUCUGGACGUAUGUGGUAUAAUCGUCUCAGUGAGCAUUUAACAAAAGAAGGAUAUGUGAAUGAUCCUAUAUGUCCAUGUGUUUUCAUUAAGAAAACAAUGUCCGGAUUUGUAAUAAUCGCGGUAUAUGUUGAUGAUCUUAACAUUAUCGGAACUCAGAAGGAAAUACAAAAGGCAUCAGACUAUCUCAAAGGAGAAUUUGAAAUGAAAGAUCUUGGACAAACACAAUAUUGUCUUGGCCUACAAAUAGAGCAUUCACAAAAUGGUAUAUUUGUGCAUCAAUCCACAUACACUAAAAGAGUGUUGAAACGAUUUAACAUGGAUAAAUCAACUCCUCUUAGCAUCCCGAUGGUCGUUAGGUCACUUAAUAUUAAAAGCGAUCCAUUUCGACCACCUGAGGAGAAAGAAGAGAUACUUGGUCCGGAAGUACCAUAUCUAAGUGCAAUUGGAGCGCUGAUGUACCUUGCAAAUUGUACACGGCCUGAUAUAUCAUUUGCUGUAAAUCUUUUGGCAAGAUUCAGCUCAUCUCCAACUCGGAGACAUUGGAAUGGGAUUAAACAUGUUUUUCGUUACCUCCAAGGGACCAUUGAUUUGGGUUUAUUUUACCCUAAAGAUUCAAAAGGUCAAAUGAUUGGUUUUGCAGAUGCAGGAUAUCUUUCAGAUCCACACAAAGCCCGAUCGCAAACGGGAUAUGUUUUCACGAUUGGAGGCACUGUUAUAUCUUGGCGUUCUCAGAAACAAACGCUCGUGGCUACUUCUUCAAAUCAUGCUGAAUUUAUCGCACUCCAUGAAGCAAGUAGAGAAUGUGUUUGGCUAAGAUCAAUAAGCCGACACAUCUGUUCAAGCAGUGGGAUUGACGGAAAUACAGAGCCAACUAUCCUCUAUGAAGAUAAUGCAGCAUGUGUUACUCAAACAAAGGACGGAUAUAUCAAAAGCGAUAGAACGAAACAUAUUCAUCCAAAGUUCUUCUCAUACACUCAAUAGCUCGUGAAAAAGUAAGAGAUUGAAGUAAGAUAUGUCCGAUCAUGCGACAAUGCAGCCGACCUUUUCACAAAAUCACUUCCGACUGCGGUAUUCAUAAAACAUGUCCAUAACAUUGGAAUGCGUCAUCAGAAGGAUCUAUGACUGCUCAUUCGAGGGGGAGCUUACGUAGUUGUACUCUUUUUACCUUACUAUGGUUUUUCCCAUUGGGUUUUCCUAGAAAGGUUUUUAACGAGGCAACAAAGACGUUAAGCAAGAAGCGAUAGUGACACUGGCCUCCAAAGGGGAGUGUUGUAAACGUGAAGAAAAACAACGUCAAAAUAAUACGCACCAAAACUUGACAUUUUCGCAUUGUUAUUUACUAUGUGGAGCCCACCGUCACUAUGCACACACAGUAACUUUCUCUUUUUCAUUUAUAUAUAAACGAUCGUUUCGAUCAAUUGUAAUACACCAUCUCUUCUUCCUCAUAUAACAUAUUCUCUCUUGUUAUUAUCUUGUAUCAGUAGUAUCUCCUUUCUGCGGGUAUAAAAUUUUGCCCUUAUUUAUAAUUUUCAAUACUAUAAAAUUAUAAGUUAUUUUAUAACACGGAACACUUUCGUCAUAAAUUUAUUCUAGAAGAACUAUUUUUUUGACAUAUUUUCGUUAUAUAUUAUUCUCUUAUUUACGAUGACCCAUAUUCGUUGUAAAUGGUUGUCGUUAAAUUCAUGUUUUCUUGUAAUUUUCUUGUAAUGUAUAGUAUAUUAUAGCACAUAUUUUAUAAUAGAUAUGUACCUAAUUUUUGUUUUACUAUAGUUAUAUCUUUCAGUUUCUCUUAAAGUAAUGUGUCAAUUUUUUUUAAAAAAAUUAUGUUUUUAAAUUUAGAUACAAAGUGUACUGAAACAUAAUUGUUCUCUAAAUUAAACUGUUUCGAUCCUUCAUUUUGAAGUCAUUUUCCUAAUAAAGACAUAACUGUUGUUUGUUUCAACAAAAAUAAAAUAUAACAACCAAUAUUACCGUUGAGGAAGACUAUGGAGCCGAUGACAUAUUUCUGUCGGUAGUAAACACUUAUAGACACUUACACCUGUGAUCACCCUCGGAUUUCCUAUUUUACCCCUGACUUUUUCCCACUUUUACAUUUUCGCCCAAUAUUUCCUCGAAAAUUUCGCAGAUUACACACUGCCUUUCGCUCUACAAUUCUUCGUCUCCAUCUGAUUCUUCACUUUAAUUUGUAGUUUGUGUUUCGUUCUUCGGUUCGGUUAGUGGGUUCUUCUUUGGAUGAUUCAGUAAUCUGAAAAGUUUCAAGAUUUUGCGAUGAAAUCUUCGACCAGGCUUGAUUCAGUUGUGUUUCAGCUCACUCCCACUCGAACCCGGUGUGAUCUGUUGAUAAUAGAUAAUGGAAAGGCUGAGAAGAUAGCUACAGGGUUGCUUGAUCCUUUUCUCGCUCACUUGAAGACUGCACAAGAUCAAGUUUCUAAAGGUGGCUACUCCAUUGUUCUCAAGCCUAAGGAUAGUGACAAUGCGGCUUGGUUCACUAAAGCAACAAUUCAAAGGUUUGUUCGCUUUGUGAGCAAUCCGGAUGUCCUAGAACGUGUUUACACUUUAGAAACUGAGAUCAUGCAGAUGAGGGAAGCAAUUGGUAUCCAGCACAUCUCUGAAGUAGCAUUAACUGUUCAGGUGGAAGACGACAAUCUACGAGCAAAAAGAGCAGAGAGUACACAAGAAUGUGAAUCAGGUAAUAGGCCAUUGCUAAAGUUCAACGAGGAGAAAGCCAUUGUCCUUUACGAGCCAGAUUCACAUCCAAAGCAAGCAAACACAUCAGAUGAAAACUCUAAAGUUCAAGUUCUGAAAGUUCUGGAGACAAGGAAGAAAGUGUUGCAGAAAGAACAGGGAAUGGCAUUUGCACGUGCCGUGGCAGCCGGUUUCCAAGUUGAUGAUAUGCUUCCUCUUAUAUCUUUCGCCAAAUCCUUUGGAGCCUCACGUUUGAUGGAUGCCUGCUUAAAAUUCAUGGACUUGUGGAAGAAAAAGCACGAAUCUGGUCAGUGGCUUGAAAUCGAAGCAACACAGCCAAACAUCUCUCCAAAGAACGCCUCAGGGACUAUGUUGGCAAAUGCUGCUAAUAUGCGUAGGAACUCGUGGCCUGGGACACCUGAAAAUAAUAAUGAUGUGAAGUCUCCUACAAAUGUAAAUAAAGAACAUGUGCAAGGGCAGCAUCCACAGCCUAUGUAUGCACCAUGGCCAGUUCACUCUCCGCCCGGGACUUUUCCAGUGUUUCAAGGAUAUACAAUGCAGGGCAUGCCUUACUAUCCAUAUCCAUCACCCUAUCCCUCUACGGAUGAUUCUAGGCGUAGCUCUGGCCAAAGAAAGGCUAAGAAACAUCACUCAUCUUGUAGCGAGGACUCCUCCGGAUCAGAAGAAGAUCAGGGCAGAGAGAAAGGAAAAUCAGGUAGGAGAAGGAAAUCAGGGAAGGUGGUGAUUCGGAAUAUAAACUACAUUAAUUCGAAGAAGAAAGAUCAUUCAGGAACAGAAUCUGAUGCUGAAGAAGGGGCGAUAGUAGUAGAAUGUUACAAUGUUGGUAAAGAGAGAGAAACAAAAGGGACAGAGGCUGACACUGGGGAUUGGCAGGCCUUUCAAACUUUAUUGUUGCAAGAUGCUGAUAGAGAAGAACGUACCGUUGACCACAUGAUGGAGAAGGAUAGGCAAGGUACAUGGAAAUAUGAUGAUCCUUUGGCUCUUGACAAACGUGAAGCAGAAGAAAGAUAUCAAGAAAGGGAUACUCAAAAUGGAACUGUGACUCGUAGAAUUAGGGGAUCUAGUGACUCUUUUAUGGUUCACCAGAGAGAAAAUGGUUUUGAGAAUCCUUCUGAUCCUCUCAACUUGAAUGGUUUUGAUAAUCCAGGGAAUGGUCUGGAUAAAAGAUCAUCAUCAGUUAACAUGGAUGAUGAUUCUUAUAUUGUUACUCGGGAAGCUGGAAGCAGUACUCGAAAUGCUUUAGACAUUGGACCAGAGAUCUCUUCGUACCACCAAGCUGAUGGAAGUGAAAGAAACAAGAUCAGUUAUGAGCCUCAUGAUCUGAGUCUGAUGCCAGAGCGAGAAACAGAGAAGUUAUCAGCUGGCUAUGAUCCUGCACUAGAUUUUGUUGGUUCCAAAGCUUUAAAGAAAAAGAAUAACAAGGAAGCUGGAGUUACAAAGAGAGAUCCAACAACAAGACUGUCUAAUGAUGCUGCAGAUAAGAGGAAGGCUUCAGGGGUAAUACGGAAAGGAAGACCCACAAAGAUGAGUCCUUUAGAUGAAGCAAGAGCACGAGCUGAUAAGCUUAGAAAUUUCAAAGCUGAUCUUCUGAUCAUCAAAAAGGAAAAGGAAGAGGAAGAGAGGAAACGCAUCGAAGGUCUGAAAAUAGCAAGACAGAAGAGGAUUGCUGCUAAAAGCAACUCAACUGUAGUAGGCCAGUCACAGUUAUCUGCUCAACAAACAAGAAAAAAUUUGUCAAACAGAUUUUCUCCUGGCGCUCCUAGAGCCUCUAAGUUUAGCGACACAGAACCAGGAUCAUUAUCAUCACCUCUUCAACGCCGUCUUCCUAUAAGAAGUGCUUCUUUAGGCUCAAAUGAACCUCAGAAAGUUCCGAAGAAUAGUAAACUGAGUUCUGGAAGUAAGUCAACAGGUAACAGGCUAACAAGAUCAAUAUCACCGCUACCUCCAUCUAAGAGAGAAAACAUAGCAUCAAGUAACAGGCUAACAAGGUCGACAUCACCGUUACCUCUUUAUAAGAGAGAAACCAGAAUCAGUCUUGAUAGUCAGAACGAGUCUGUUUCAAGGACAAGACCCAAAAUGGGUAGUGCACCAAGUUCUGCAGUGAGGUCACUGCACAUGGCAGGAAGUAGGCUAACAAGGUCGAUAUCACCAUUACCUCUCUCUAAGAGAGAAACCAGAGUUAGUCUUGAUAGUCAGAACAAGUCAGUUUCAAGGACAAGACGAUUAUCAGAACCUAAAACGGGUAAUAAUAGUGCACCAGGUUCUGCAGUGAGGUCACUGCGCACAAUAGCAUCCAAAAAAGCAUCUGAUGCUCCGGAGACAAAGAAAAUAUCUGCCAUUGUUAACUAUGAUAUAGCGAAAAUCGCCUCUCUUCCAGAGCUGAAGAUAAAAGCACCAAAAGGUCCUAACAAUGUUCUAGUGAAAGGAGCAGAGAAAAUUAAAUCUUCAGCUUUUGAGAUUGAACCAUUUGGUAACAAGAACAAACCCUUGUCCCAAAAUGCUGUUGAUGAAACUCCAGUGAUUGAGAAGACAGUGGUGAUGGUGUUGCCAAGUUCAGCUCGAAGUAUAAGUGCAGCUCAGACGGAGGAGUCCAAGUUAGUCCCUGGAUACUCCACCAUCUAUGACUGUUGUCCUUCUGCAGGAGCUGAUAAGAAAGCUGUUGAAACAAUGCAGGAGAGUGGCAAUGAUCUGGUCUUAAUUAGACCGGAAACUCUGAGUGACUUGAUAACAGAAACACCAAAGUUUCUGACAGUUCAAAAUGUUGUUGAGAAACCAUAUGAAGCUCCCCAUGCUCGGGUUUCUUCGUUAGAAGUUCCAGGUAACUCAGUGUGUUCCCAAGCACCUGGACCAAGCUGUCAUUCAAAUGAAACAGCGCAAGAAACUGUCAAAGCUCUUGCAGCGGAGAAGAAGAUGAGUGAGGCCUUGGAGAAAUCUCAAUCAAAGGAGUCAGCAACAAAAGGGCUUAGAAAACUGUUGAAAUUUGGAAAAAAGAGUCGGUCUUCGUCUACAGGUAAAUACCAUACCAAGUCUAAUAGUGCUGCUGCUGUCAGUAGCAACAAGGAUCAUGAAUCAGCUGUAACUGCUGCUACGACAAGUGAAGCUUUUACACUGAAGAAUCUCAUAUCUCAAGAUGAAACACCUACAGCAGCAACUGCUUCACAGAAAUCUUCUCGCCAUUUUUCAUUGCUCUCUCCCUUCAAGAACAAGAAGAGAGUAUCAUGAAGACAGAGAUCAAUAUCUACAUUUACAGUCUUCAAAUCUUGUAGUGGCUGAGUAUUUAUAAAGUAUCCAUCGAGCCUCUUCCCAGUAUUUAUGAACACUUUAAUUCCAAAAGCAAUGAAAUGGAUGCAAUUGUCAACUGAUAAAAUAUUAUUAGUGUUGUUCUAUUUUAUCUAAUCUACUAGAUUUUUAGGGUAUAUUUUUUGUUUUACAUUUUUGUUGAAAUUUAAUUUUUAUAUUUGUAUUUUUAGUCAAUAUAUGUUUUUCUUUGUA